AUGACCUCUUUUCCUGACCGCUACACAUUUCACUCCGGCAGUCCCCAACGGUCGGGCUCUGGCAGCAAUACCUUCCAAUCCAUCGACCCAUCUACCGCACAGCCCACCUGUACCAUCCACGCUUCUUCCCCACAAGACAUCGACGCUGCUAUUAGUUCCGCCGCUGCAGCCUUUCCCUCCUGGUCCAGCACGCCUCCAAUAGAGCGCUCGCGUGUUCUCUUGCGAGCAGUCGCUUUAUUGCGCGCCCGUAAUGACGAGCUCGCCCGCGUCGAGACUCUUGAUACAGGCAAGCCUUUCUCGGAGACCUCGACGGUCGACGUUGUCACCGGCGCUGAUGUCCUCGAGUACUAUGCCAACCUGAUAGCUUCUGGCGGCCUGAAUGGGGAGAGCUUCCGGCUGAGAGACAGUGCGUGGGUCUACACGGCCAAGGAGGCACUGGGUGUAUGCGCGGGCAUCGGUGCUUGGAACUAUCCCAUUCAGAUUGCUCUCUGGAAGAGCGCGCCAUGCUUGGCAGCGGGUAACGCCAUGGUCUACAAGCCGAGUGAGGUGACGCCGUUGCAUGCUCAAUUCCUGGCGGAGAUCUAUCGCGAGGCCGGUUUGCCGGACGGCGUCUUCAACGUGGUAUAUGGCGCCGGAGACGUGGGUGCGUAUCUAACAAAGCAUGAGAUUGUACAGAAGGUAAGCUUUACUGGGCAAGUCAGCACGGGAAAAAAGGUCGCGGGCAGUGCAGCAGGCGAGAUGAAAUACGUGACCAUGGAGCUAGGAGGGAAAUCCCCGGUCAUUGUAUUGGAUGAUUGCAAAGUUGAGAAUGCUGUGGAUGGGGCGAUGAUGGCCAACUUCUUCUCGACAGGCCAGGUGUGCACCAAUGGCACGAGGGUCUUUGUUCCGCGCUCGAUGAAAGCCAGUUUCGAGAAAACAUUGCUCAAGAAAAUGGAGUACAUCCGCGUCGGCGACCUUGCGGGCGAGAACACCAACUUUGGUCCUCUGGUCAGCAAGGCGCACUACGAAAAGGUUAAAAGCUACGUCCAGCACGGCAUCGACAAGGAUAAGGCGACUCUGAUCAAAGGCGGUGUCGGCAAGCCCGCAAAUCUCCCAUCCCAAUACGCCAACGGCUACUGGCUUGAGCCCACAGUAUUCACAGACUGCAAGGACAACAUGAAAAUUGUGCAAGAGGAGAUCUUUGGUCCCGUCAUGACCAUCCUGUAUUACGACACGGUCGACGAGGCGGUGAAGCGGGCGAACAAGACCGAGCUCGGCCUCGCGGCGGGCGUCUUUGGAAAGGACAUCAGCAAGUGCCACGAUGUGAUCAGGAGGUUGCAGGCGGGCAUCACCUGGGUGAAUACGUGGGGAGAAUCGCCAGCCGAGAUGUCGGUUGGUGGGUGGAAGCUGAGUGGUGUGGGUGUUGAGAACGGACGGAAAGGACUCGAGAACUGGGUACAGAAUAAGAGCACGUUGGUCGAGAUGGGCGGGGAGGUGCCCACUGUGUUCGCCAAGCUGGAGAAGGAGUCAAAGUUGUAG